AGCUGAGCCUGUGUCAAGGAAGGAGCCAGCCACGCAGCAACGAUGUUUAAGAACUAUCUUAGUGGGUCGCUCCUGUUGAGAGCGUCUCCGUACGUUUCGAAGAGCGUGCAGUUCAAGCGUUUCGCCGUGACAACGUCGUCUGGCGCAGGUGUGAGCAGCGACUUGACCGAAUUGGAGAAGCAGGACGUGUUGACCCGAAGACAGCUUGAAUUGUCGAAGGAAAAGGUGGAGCUGAAGAAGGUGAAGCCGACGUCACCCGGUAUCAGAUGGUGGAGAAAGCCGAUCUAUCCUUAUCUAUGGAAGGGCAAGCCCCACAAGCCGCUCACGGUCACCAAAGUGGGCAAGUCCGGUAGAAACAAUACCGGACGGGUUGUUGUGAGACACCAGGGUGGAGGUGUGCAGACGAGAAUAAGAAUCAUGGACUACGAGAGAGUCAAGCCGGGCCCGCAGACGGUGGUGAGAAUCGAGUACGAUCCCAACAGAACCUCGCACAUUGCGCUGAUCAAACACAACGAGACCAAGGAGCUGUCCUACAUAAUUGCGUGCGAGGGCUUGAGACCGGGGGACGAGGUCGAGUCGUUCCGUGCGGGCAUCCCAAAGAGAUUCAUCGAGGAGAUGGGCGGUAAGAUCGACCCGGCGCUUCUCUCUGUGAAGAUCUCCAGAAAGGGCAACUGCUUGCCCAUCUCCAUGAUCACCGUCGGUACCAUUGUGCACAACAUCGGCGAGCACGCCAAGGGCUCCGCCAAGUACUGCCGUGCAGCAGGCUCUUACGGCCGUAUAGUCUCCAAGCUCCCAGAGGAAGGACGGGCCAUUGUGCAGCUCCAGUCUGGCGAACAGAGGUACGUUGCGCUCGAGGCCUGCGCCACCUUGGGAAUUACAUCGAACUCCGCCCACCACAACGAGUCGUUGGGUAAGGCCGGGAGAAACAGACACAAGGGUAUCAGACCCACCGUCAGAGGUGUGGCCAUGAACACAUGCGACCAUCCAUUGGGUGGUGGUAGAGGUAAGUCCAAGUGUAACAAGCCUUCCAUGUCUCCAUGGGGUGUCUUGGCUAAGGGUGGUUUCAAGACCAGAACAGGUAAGCACGUCAACAAGAACAAGUUCAAGGACAGACCUAGAGGCUCUGCCAGAAAGUAGUUUAUAUAAUGAAAUAUCCUCUCUAAACCCUGUACAUAAUGCAAAAUACAUACACUAGCAAUGGGACGCGACG